AUGGCGUCUAGUUCUACCUCUUCUGGUCAAACAGAGAGGGAGCCUGCAAACAGUUAUAACACUGGCCGUAUCCCAGAGAAUGAGAUUAUGGGUGCUUUUAAUGAAAUUGCACCAUCUCCAUCUACAUCCUCAACACUCAUCCGAAAGCCGUCUUACGAUGUAUUCAUCAAUCAUCGUGGACCAGAUGUCAAAAAAACCUUGGCCACCAGGAUCUAUAAUGUCCUUGGCAACAUGGGGGUAACAGCAUUUUUAGAUUCAAAGGAAUUGGAUUAUGGCGAUUUCUUGCCAGCAACAUUAGAAGCAGUAAUCCGCGGUGCUGCACUUCAUCUAGCAAUUUUUUCAAAGAACUAUGCAGAAUCACCUUGGUGUCUGGCAGAGCUCUCGUAUAUGCUUAAAAGUGGCGCCAAGAUAGUUCCCAUCUUCUACUAUGUAGAUCCUACUGCUCUCAGAUAUAUAGCUGAAAAGAAAGGAAUUGAUGAGAGGAGGCUGUUGAAGAAUAUUGUGAAUAUUGUACUGAAAGAAAAAAGCAAUGUGCCAUUAGUAGUUGCAAAACAUCCGGUAGGUCUCCAUGAAACAGUACAAGACUUUGAGAAUAAAUUUGCUGAGUGUGAUCAGGAUGUACAGAUUGUGGGUAUUUGGGGGAUGGGUGGUUCGUGUAAGACCACACUUGCCAAAGAAUUGUACAAUAAAAAACGAUCAUCCAUGGAGAGAUCCAGCUUUAUUUUUGACAUUAGAGAAGCCAAAGAGGUGUUACCAAAAAAACAGAUUGAACUCCUCAAAGACCUUGGUGAGAAUGAAACAUUUGACAAUGUAGAGCAAGGUAAGGCAAUUCUAACAAGGCAUUUGAAAUCUUUCAGGGUGCUCAUUGUUAUGGAUGAUGUGGAUCAUGCUGACCAAUUGGAUGCUCUCUUACCUGCAAAAGACAGCCUUCCAAGUGGUAGUAUCAUCAUUGUUACAACACGGGAGUGUGAAGUUCUUACAUCUUGGCACAUAUCCUCGGUAUAUAAAAUGCUACACAAUUGUUUUGUUGGCAUGCUUUUCUACAAGCUUUGCCCCUUAUGGAUUUGA